AUGAGAUCUCCCUUCCGAUCCUUGCUCACUUCAGCGCUGACCACUUACACUGGUGGUGGUGGUGGUGGUGGUGGCAGUGCCCACAGUAAGCGAUGUCUAUCCUCGCUGGUCUCGCUUCAAGAGAUUUCAAUUCCUGCUGCCGAUGGAACAAUAAUGGCCGCCCAACGAUGGACCAAACAACAACCCCGACAAACACCAGCAACAACAUCAAAAACAACAACUGACAGUGAAAAUGAUGAAAAAUCUUCCGAAUCUUCCUCUCAAAAAUUUGAUCGAAGAACCAUUCUGUGCACUCAUGGCUGGUUGGACAAUUGCGGAACCCAUCACUACUUGGCCCCACGAUUGGCGUUGGAACUUGAGGAUGGGGCAGAAAUAAUUGCAUUGGACUUUCCCGGACAUGGCCAUUCUUCCCAUCGAAGCAAGGAUGCCCCACCAUUAGUCUCGGCAGAUUUGGUAUAUUAUACGUGUGAAGCCAUUCGAGCCUUGCAGUCGCCCUCAUUCUCGUUUCAGGCAUCUGAAGAAGAAGAAGAAAAGGUGAACCAGCCGGAAGAUUUUCCCGAGAAAUGGACUACAGAUUCUGCCAGCGGUAGUAUAGUCGACACGACAAGUGACAACGAGAAGAAGAAGAUUACGAUAGUGGGACAUUCCUUGGGUGCCGCAGUAGCGUCCCUGACGGCAGCCUCCUUUCCCGAAUGGAUUGACCAAUUGGUUCUGUUGGAUGCGGCCACCUUUUUGCCUCGACAAGCUACGGAUACCGCCGAACAUGUACGACAGCAUAUUCUGAAACGACAGCAACAUACCAACAGCCAAGAUCAGCAACAACAGCCACCACGAGUAUAUCCCAAUUUGGAACGAGCCAUUCAAGUACGACAGUUUUCCGCCACCAAAAUGCCGGGCAAUCAAGCAAUGAGUCAUCAGGCCGCAAGGGCAAUGGUGAUGAGAGGCACCCGAAAGGUGGUUGACAGUCAACAAAUGGAGGAGGAAAAGAAGGACGAAGUAGAAACUCUCGAUAGUAUGGAUGACACGGGGCCAGUGCAGUUUCGACACGAUCCUCGAUUCACUUGGCCAUCGAUUCAAUACAUGACUUGGGAACAGAACGAAGGAAUUAUGGCCGCCCUACACAAGACGGAUAUCGAUGUAUGCCUAUUGCAAGCGGAGAGUGGGUGGCCAGUGGAUGAUUACAUAACGAAACGCGUGAAGGAAAUCCUGCAACCCACAUUCUUCCGAAGAUUGCCAGGAAAGCAUCAUUUUCAUGCCGAUCCAGAGACUGCGGAAGCAGUUGGUGAUGCCGUGAUUGAAUUUUUGAAACGUUGA